UCUCAUCUGACCGCGUGACGUCACUCAGGUGCGAUCGGCACCGUUGUUUUAGGAGGAGCCGCGCCCCGCCCGCCGCUCAGUUCCCAUCCGCAGCCAUGAGUGCCGGGCCGCGGUGGCUUCAGCUGCUGCUGCUGCUGUGUUGGACGCAGAGGAGCCUGACGGGGAGCGAUGUCACGGAGAAAGCUGCACCCAGAGGCAUGCCGGGAGUGGAGACUAACGCAGGUGUGAUAGUGGGACCUGUAGCCCUGCAGGUCCUGAAGAGCCCCCUCACUACAGUCUUCCUCCCGAUCGUCUACAUCGUCGUCUUCGCCGUGGCGCUGCCCACCAACGCCUUGGCGCUCUGGGUGUUCCUGUUCAGGAUCAAGAAGAAGCACCCGGCCUCCAUCUACAUGGCCAACCUGGCUCUGGCCGACCUGAUGUUUGUCGUCUGGCUGCCGCUGAAAAUCGCGUACCACUUCCACGGCAACGACUGGACGUACGGUCAGGGUUUGUGCGAGGUUCUGGUGGGGUUUUUCUACGCCAACAUGUACGGCUCCAUCUCCUUCAUCGCCUGCAUCAGCGUCCAGCGCUACUGGGCCGUGGUGGAUCCGCUGUCCAAACGCAUGAGGAGCAACCGCAUCGCCGUUUUGGUGUCCGUCGCCAUCUGGGUGACCAUCUGGCUCCUCACCAUCCCUCUCUACAUGUACGACCAGACGGUCAAGGUGGUCAACACUCAAAUCACCACCUGCCACGACGUCACCAAGCUCAGCCAGGCCAGCACGGCGGCGGGAUACUUCAUGACCAUGGGGACGGUGGGGUUCGUGCUUCCCUCCGUGGUCUGCAUCGUCUCCUACGUCCUCAUGCUCAAGGCUCUCAGGAACACCAUGGCCGACCCCACCAUCGCCAAGAAGCGGCAGAAGGCCGUUGUGCUGAUCAUCACCGUCCUGGUGAUGUUCGUCGUCUGCUUCACCCCCAGUAACAUCAUGCUGCUGGUGCACUACAUCCUCCUGCUGGGGGAGACGGAGAACACGCUGUACGGGUUCUACAUCACCACGCUGUGCCUGGCCAGCCUGAACAGCUGCGUGGACCCCUUCAUCUACUACUACAUCUCCGAGGACUUCAGGCAGCACGUGAAGAACACGUUCCUGUGCAGGAGCGAGAGGACGGUAGGCAGGAUGAAGGUCUCCUUCAGCGCCAUGAAGUACUCCAAGAGAAACAACACGUACUCCUCUUCCAGCACCAAGAACACGCAGAGCUCCGACUUCUAGAUCCAGAUCUUCUACAGGGACUUUACUGAAUUUACAAACGUAGGUUGUCAACUUUCAGCAACUGUGCUUCAAUUUUAUUCAGUUUUUAAUGUUAUUUUUUGAGAUAAAUGUACCUAUAAUUUUAAACAAA